AUGCAGGUUUCUUCGAUAUAUCUGUUGCUCCUGGCAAGUACAAUUGUGCUGCUGGGACACGGGGAAAGAAGCAAGCCGGUGAAACCAACCAAAGCCACAGUUCCGAUCUACUGGUUCGGUCGCCAAGUUUACCUGCGGCCCAAGCAAAGCAACAUAGUCUACGCCGUAUGUGAGAUGGAAGCCAGCUCGGUCCUGGCCACCGACCUGCCCUCUGUCAGCGGCUACAUGUUGUUCUCCCAGAGCUACCCACACGGAAGACUCCAAGCCUAUGUCAACCUGGAGGGGUUCCCGCUGUCUGCUGCAAAGUCCCUCCAUGGCAUGCACGUCCACCAGUACGGAGUGUUGAACGGCAGCUGCCCCUCCACCGGACCGCAUUACAAUCCCUACGGGGUCAACCACCCCCAGCGCCCCGGCGACUUCAACAAUUUCCAGGUCCAAAAUGGGAAGAUCGUAAAGUAUAUGCGCAACCUCAGAGCCAACCUGUUCGGACGGGACUCCAUCCUGGGCCGUGCUGUGGUGCUUCGCGAGAAGGAGGAUGACCUGGGGGUGGGCGGCAACCAGGAGAGUCUGGAGACGGGACAUUCUGGAAGAGGACUGACGUGUGGGACCAUCGCAGUCAGCAACGGCGACCUUUGGAAAGAAGCUGCGCCUAAAAUGUGA